AUGUUCAAGCGUAUUGUCACCGUCGCUCCCCGCGUCGGCCUUGUGGCUUCUCGCGCUUUCGCUCCGCUCGCCUCCGUCUCCGUACAGCCAGCUCAGCGUCUCAUCCAGACACCUCCUACUCAAAGACGCUCAUAUCACGAAAAGGUCCUGGACCACUACAACAACCCCCGGAAUGUCGGCUCCUUCAAGAAGGGCGACCAAGAUGUUGGCACUGGCCUCGUCGGUGCCCCUGCCUGCGGCGAUGUCAUGAAGCUUCAGAUCCGUGUGAACAAGGACUCCGGCCGGAUUGAUGACGUCGUAUUCAAGACUUUCGGCUGUGGCAGUGCCAUCGCUUCUUCUAGCUAUCUGACUGAGCUCGUUCGCGGUAUGACCCUCGAUGAGGCUGGCAAGAUCAAGAACACCGAUGUGGCAAAGGAGCUCUGUCUCCCCCCUGUCAAGCUUCACUGCUCUAUGCUUGCUGAGGAUGCUAUCAAGUCUGCUAUCUCCGAUUACUAUACCAAGAACCCUAACACCAAGACUACCAGCCUUUCCGGUACUGGUGCUUCCCUUGCCGACAUGAAGGCUGAUCUCGCUCAACCUAGCCCCGCUGCUGCCGUUUAA